AAUACAUGAAAAGUCUGUGGGUGGAAACGGAAAUCCGUAAUCUAACUCUCUAGAAACGAGAACAUUGAUAAGUAUCGGUUCUAUCGGAUAUAGUGGGGACAACUUUAUGCAGGUGCAACCAUAUCCUCAAUGACCUCCACAAAUCCAACCAUGGCCAUGUCCAUGGCUUUUCUUCUCCUCCUCCUCCUCCCGACGCCACUCAAUCUGCCGCUGACGACGAUGAUGACGGCGGUAGAGUCCGCCUCCGACGACCCGGCACCGGCGGCGUGGCCCCACCAGUUCCACUCUGUCCUCUUCAUGAACAACAGCAAGGGAGCCCUGCAAGUGGUGGAUCUCUGGUACGACUGGCCCAACGGCCGCAACUUCAACAUAAUCCAAAGCCAGCUGGGGAAGCUCACCUACGACCUCGAAUGGGACAAUGGCACCUCGUACAUCUACACCUUGGACUCCGACAGAGAAUGCAACACCAUGCAUUUUCCGGUUGGCAUUCUCCGGCCUGAUUGGCUCGACGGCGCUAAUUAUCUGGGUCAGCAACACGUGGACGGGUUUCUGUGCAAUGUGUGGGAGAAGGUUGAUUUUAUUUGGUACUAUGAGGACGUGCUCACCAGGAGACCUGUCCAUUGGGUUUUCUAUACCGGAUAUACUGCUCAUGUGAUGACAUUCGAGGUGGGAGCUGUGCUUGAGGAUGCCAAGUGGGAUGCUCCUGCUCAUUGUUUUGGGGAGGAAAAGACUGAUUCAGCACAAAGGGGGAGGUCUCCUCCACUUCUACUUGAAUCUGUGACGAGUGAUUAUUCUCAUGGCAGGCUGAUGAGAGAUGAAAGGAGCAUUCGAAACAUGGAUAGCUUUUGAGUUGCUGGAACAACUAUCUAAUAACAUAACAAAGGUUUGCAUGUGGUUCAAUAUUUUAGUGAAUAUAGUAUCGGGUUUUCAUUCAUGCCUUCUGGGUUCAUCAAUUGUUCUUCAUCAUAUGAGCAAGUUGAAGUCCCUAAGCCACUUUAUCCGUGCCUUAAGAAACAUUGUCCAAUUUCAUGUCCCAAAAUAUGUACUUUUGACUAGUUGGUCUAGUGACAUCCCUAUUGGUAUGUGGGGAGGAAAUUCCAACCGGAUUAAGUAAAUCCAAAUUUGUUCCAUUAAAUCUUAAUCGGAUUAUCAAAUUGUAUACCAAAUCUAUCUCUUAUUUAUCCAA